ACCUAGAAAAACCGAAAAAACCUCAAAUUCGUGAAAAUUUUACAAAAACCCCCGGAAAAGGAAAAGAGUCUUCCUUCAGUAAUCAAUAAUGAACUCCGAAGGAUCUCCCCACCAGCAAAAUUACAAUCCCUCCAGUGAAGAAUGUGAAAUAGACCAGGAAAAACUCAGAGGGGAUGCAAUUGGUGAUUCCCUGUAUAGUGAAAGAUUCGUCCUUUCAACACUUAUAAAAUUAACAAAAUUCGAGGAGAAUGAGGAGCUUAGUGAGGAAUUUGAGAAGGAUUUGUGCAUCCUGUGGGACAUGACGAUAGAUAGGGAUGUAAUCCGAUUGCUGCUGACGCACAAUGUCCUCGAAUUGUUCACACAAAUCAUCCAGAGCACCACUGAUGAUCGCCUAACUGAGAUCCUCGUGGGGAUCAUUGGGAAUAUGUGUAGUCUACCGGAAACACGUACAGAACUCUGUGACAAUCGUCAUGUAAUUGCUCCCAUCCUCGAAUUGAUCUCAUCCGUUGAUCCUCCGACCCUUGUGCAGCUAAUGCGCUUCCUCCAUGCAUGUCUUGUGUUUGAAAAUACCGGUGAUGAGGGGUCGUGGUUUGAGCAUUUCUGCACCAUUGAGGGAUUCAUGGAUAAAUUCGCGGGUAUCCUGUCCAAUUCCAUCAACCGGAGCCUCCUCUUCACAUCCUUCGAAGCUCUCAAUGCAAUUGCAUCAAAAUUCGCAAUGGUUGAAUUCCAACCGGGUGUCACGACACAGUUGAAGGAUGUUCUCCUUCGUCCAAAUCUCAUUGCCAGCAUCAUCGAAGCAUUCCAGCAGCUAAUGCCUGAAACACAGAAUGGCAUUGAAAUGCUCGAUCUCACGGAUCGCAAGAAGAAAAUCAUUAAUCUCUUCCUGGACAUUAAUGUUAUCCUGUCGCAGUACGAGGAAGCAUCCAGGAUGUGCUACAGUGCAGCCAUGACGGAUAUGCACGAUUGCCUGGCGGCUAUCCUUGCACCCUACUGCCAUGAAGUGAAUCUCCUGCCACCAACUGCAAAUGAACAGGGAGUCAUUGAGAAUGUAACGGACGUCCUGACAGCCCUACCGAAUCCCUUCCCAGCCAAAUGCAUCGCACAGAUGAUCACAAUAUGGGAUUUAGUGGAGAAAUAUCACGAAAAGACUGCAAAGGAUGACCCGGAAGCCACUGAAUGGUCUUCCCCACGAGAAGAGAUCAAUGCUGAGGAUAUCUCAACAACUAUUCUUGACUUUCUUUCGCGCAUUGUUGCAGCUAAUGUCGAUCAGGAAGCCUUCGAGAAGGCUCUUGUGGAUAUCCCAAGGAGUACAGCAGUCAGUUUGCAUGAGAAACUACAAACAGAAGGACAAGAUCUUGACACUGAGGCUAUUUGCGAGAAAUUUCAACUCUUCCUGGCGAAAGGAAGUGAAAAUUAAUCUCAGUGUGAGAAAAAACAACGAAAACCGUCUUCUUACAAAAAGCUUUGGUUAGGCCUUAAUUAGGCCAAGAAAAUUAAUAUGUUUUCUAACCUCAACCUCAAAAUAAUUAAAAUGACACGUGUAGUCCCAAUUUUUUCAGGAACGGCUCAGAAUUUGAUUCUGAUUGAUUUCCCGUUGAAAUUGGGGUAUUACAGGUUGAACUCUCUGAGCAUUUUCACAUUUUCAUUUUCGCCAUACAAUUUUCUAAGAAUUUGAAUUUAGGUUGACAAAUUUAAUAAGGGGCCUUCAAUGUAGGAUUGUGCAAUUAUGCGGUUGUGCAAAAGUCCAAAAGGAACCUCAAAUUCACGCGAUAAUAAAUACGCGAUGGAGCAUACUUAUUUUUUAAAUUUUUUUUUUUUAAUCACAAAUAAUUAACAGUUUUUUAUAAGGUUUUUAAAGUUAUUUUAAUUUUUUUAAUAAAAAAAAUAUAAAAAAUUUAAAGUAUUUUUAAAAAACUAUUCUUUUAAAUUAAAAAUUUUAAAAAUUGUAAUUCUUUUUAAAGUUCUUUUCAUUUUUUUAUUUUAAUUUUUUUUUAAUUAAAAAUUUUUUUUUUCUAAUUAUGUGUUACAAAAAAAUUAUAAAUUAUUAUUAAAAAAGUUUUUUAUAGAAAUUAUUUUUCACAAAUAAUUCUUUUUUAAGUGUGUAGCGCCUUCGCAGAAAAAAACAUCACUUUUUAAUAAAUUUUUUUUUAUGAAAAUAAAUACGCGCUUGAGGUUACUUUUCUCAUUAAAAAUCUUUGCUAAAGUAUAGUUUUUAUUAUUUUUAAUAAAAAAAAAUACAUUUUCUAGUGCGUAGCUCCUUUACAAAAGGAAACUGAACUAGUUUUUUUUACAAUAGUUUUUUUUUUAAUAAAUCUUUUCAAGUGUGAGCGUCUUUGUAAAUAUAAAACUACUUCUUUUAUUAGUAUUUUUUUACAAAAUGGCGGCUUUUAUUUCAUAGAAAAGAUCUUGGCAUUUUAUGUUCACAAGAAAUGGUUUAAAUUAUUUUAAAUAUUGCAGAAAGUUGUAGAGUUUUGUAAAACCUACCAAUUAAGGCAAAAUCGAACAAGCAGAACAGAAGAUAUGGUUCUUAGAACUUUUCAAAUUCAGGAAUUUUUCAAAUGGUUAUAAAUGACUUGACUAUGAUGUAUUGUCGAUUUAUGCCUUAUUUUGAAGUAAUUUUUUGGUCUUAAUUCGUACAGAACGCACAAAUUGUGCAAAUAGAAGAAAAGUUAUUUUUGCAACUUUUAAGGCAAAAAAUGUAAGAUUUUGUUCUUACAAAAGAUUUUUCAAGGUUAGGAUAUCAUUCUCAACCCAUCUGGAUGCAUAGACCCACCCGCGAAAAGUGUUGAAUUUGAGGUUCCUUUUCGACUUUUGCACAACCGCAUAACUGCACAAUCCUACAUUGAAGGCCCCUUAUUAAAUUUGUCAACCUAAAUUUAUUUUUAUGACCACCCGUGGCGCUACUUGUUCAAUUUUAUUCAAAUUCUCGGAAAAACAUAUGGGAAAAUAAAUCGGGGAAAGUGCUCAUUUCCCUCAACCUGUAUGACCCCAAUUUCAACGGGAAAUUGAUCAGGAUCAAAUUUAAGGCCGAUCCCGAAAAAAAUUGGAUCUACAUGUAUCCUAGUUUAAUUAUUUCGAUGUUAAAAACCAGAUCCGCUGCACUAAAUCAUCGCCCAGGACUCACUUGGUCAGUUCUCACACUCACCGGAGGAGAAUUUGGAAAGAAUAAACAAAAAUUGCACAAUUGGAUCAAAGGAUCCAAACUUGUUUCAAUGUCCCUAAAUCCUUGUUAUCCUGCCCACUUGAAUUUUCUGCCAUAUUUCACCUCAAUCUUCAUCAAAUAUCAUACUUGGACUGACCUCUGAAGGAAGAAUCAGAAUCACAACCCGUAAGUGAAAUCCUCGAUUACCCCUCGAUAUAUUUAUUUAAAAGAACAAAACUCCGUCUCAGAGAGUUGCAGUCUUCUUGCCAACUUCCAGUUCCAGCAAAUACCGCAAAAUAUUCAUUUUUGCAAUAGCACGCUGUUCCGGAAGUAGUUUUCGGAGUGGCUCCAGGAGGGAGAGAGCAAAAUACUUAUCAUCCUCCUGUCCCGAGGAUUCAUCUGAUUGAAUUUCAAUUACUUCAAUACUGGAUCGACUUGAAGGGGCUGCAGGGAGAGCUUCCGUGCGCUCAUUUUCCUCCCACGUGAUGACAUCUUGUGCAGGAAGUGGUGAAGAUGCCUCUGCUGGACUUUCGUGAGGCUGUAUCCUCGUGCAUCUGGAAUGGAUUUGUUUCCUCGGAGAUUUUGGCGCCACUGCUGGUGAUUCCUGACGGAGCUUGUGGAAGGGUUUUGUCCUCACGUAGGUUUUUAUGAGAUUGCUAACUGCUUCAAUUUGCUGAUCAGCUUCUGGUGUAUCCACAUCAGAGACCUCCAAGGGAGAUGUGGUGGCUUCAUUGAAAUUCCCCUCAAAGUCAUCCAGUUCAAUUUCCUCGAGAAAGACAAUUUGUGGCGAAACAGGUGAGACAACAGCAAUGGGAACUUGAUUCUUCGCUGAAUCCUCAUCAGCAGCGUCCUUUUCAUCAUACGAAAUUUCAUCCGGAAGCUCCUGGGAUAGUGGAUCCUGCUCAGGAUCUUCACCAUUUCUCAGGAAUUCAGCUGCAAGUUCUCUGUCAUAGGGCGUGGGAAUAGCUUCCCGGCGGAGGAUUGUACGAUUAAAUUGACAUUUCUUCUGAACGUCCCGGAAGUGAUGCUCACAGAAGAGCCUCCGGAUGUUUUUAUUCUUCUUGUACUCAUUCAUGAGGUGCUUAUUCCCGGAAUUUGCAAUCCACAGCGUACGACGCUUUUCAUCUUUGGGUAAAUUGAAGAAUGUUACCCGUGAACAGGGCUGGUAAAUAUUGUCGCAUCCUUCAUAGCAACACCUUGACAUUUUCUCUCUAUUUUUUUUUAGUUUUCUUUCAAAAUCCCUGAAUUGAUGAAGAAUUGAAAAAACAAAUCACAAUUUUCCUUGAGAAAAAUCUAAACAAAAA